GCGCGGCGCUCGCUGCAAUGAUGGCUCGGCACGACGAGUUAUCAGCUCUGAAGCUAUUCAUAGAGGAGCAGCAGCACUGGCUGGACUCAGUUCUGGAGACCCUGGGAUGGAACAAGGAAAGCCUGGAGCAAGUGAGCUAUAGUCAACAAUGUGAACUUUGAACUUCAUCACGUGGUGGGUGUACCUUACACAUAAACACCCACCCCCACACACACACACGUACAGGGUCAACCCUGCCUGAUGCAGUGUCCAUACAACGAUCACCACUUCGUAGCAAAGUCUUCCGUUGAGAAACACAAGCCAAAGUGCCGCUAUGUGGUGGUGGGCGUGACCACUGACAACGAGGUUGUGUCAGAAAAGGGGACCAGUAAUAGCACCUUUGUAAACAUUGAUUCCUCAAUAGUUCAGGCUGUAAAGAAGUAUGCAGCAACAACUGCUGAAAAUAGGGGAUCCGAAAGUGUGCAGCCAACUCAGCAGAGACGAGACUACAUUGACCAAUCGGAUGUGGUGGUGGAGUCACAUGACGUCGGAGUCUCCAGUUUGGAGAGCCAGACGGUCACUCCACCAGACCUGAUGGCUCAGGGUCCUCUCCACACUAUACGGUAUAUCAAGGCCUGGCCUCUGGUGCCUGCGGACUUUGUGGAUAUCUCCAGUGGUAGCCUCAAUCCAGUGGAGGUGAAGGCCUGGCUCUUUACUAACCUCCCAGACAAACACAUAUACAGCUCGCAGCUGGGAGGAGAGAUCCAGGCAGCAGAGACCAUCGUCCAGACCCUGACCAGUCAACCCAGUCUCUCUCCUGACACACUCACCAAACAACUGGCACCUCUGCUGGGCCAACAGUGUAGACCAUUUGUCUUGAGGCUGUGGAAGUUCCUGCACACGGUGGCUCUACAGAGACAGCAUACAAUCCUCGACUAUGUGGUCGGGGAGCUCACACCAUUGCCACAGGCUGCCAUCACCUUCCUGAAUAGCAAAGGUGGUACCAGCGAGCGUGCAGCAGAAGUUGAAAGUCUUGCCGGAAAGAUGAAGGCAAUGGCAGUUGAAGAUGGCCGUCCCAGUUCGCCUCUUCCUCCACUUCCAAUGGAGUGUGUGCCUCACAUACUCACCCCACAAGAACGAAGUCUACUCUACGACUAUGUAGUGGAGGUUGGGGGGACAGUUGCUGGAAGCCAGUCAAAGGAUCCCAGUUUGUAUAGAGAUGAUGCUGCAGCUAUCAAAGCAAAACUGAAGCAGCAGGCAAGGGAGGAGAGUGAGAAGAGUGAGGGAGGGAGGGGAGGGAGGGUCAGUCUCCACCAGAUGAAGAAAGAGAGAGACUACAGGAGAAGAAGACAGAAAUAUAGAGCUCGUAAUGUCCACAUCACGCGGCGAACUCCAGCACAGGUGAUGCGUGACAUAAUCAAUGCAAGGAUGCUCGAAAUCUCUAACAGCGCUGCUGCCUCAGUUGCAAUUGAACACAGAUCACCAACCCACCAUGAACAUCAAUCGAAGGAAAGAGGAGAAACGGACGAGCCAAAGUUGAGCAGAGAACCUACUAAGACAGAUUUGCCCUCUCCAGAGAGAGAACAAGAAGAGAAGAAACAAAGACGUGAUUCGAGGUCUUCACACAAGCAUUGUGGUGAUCGAGGAUCCAGUUUCAAAGAAAGCUCGGGAGGAACCAAGGGCAAGGAGAAGUCAAGAAGACACUCUCGCAGAUCUAGGAGCAGAGAGAGAGUGGGGUCGAGAAAGAGAUCAAGGUCAGCCAGCCGAGCCAGGCGACACAGCGGACACUCAGAGUCAAGGGAGAGAGACAGACACAAGGGGAGAACCAGCAGGGACAGCGUUAAGAGGGUCUUGAGCGUUGCAGAGAGCAGAGAUAAGUAUCGUCACUCCUAGCUAAAGAACAGACGCACGAAGGUAUAAAUUGUUGAACAUGGCAUAAGAGAUAGUUCAUGUACAGCAAUGUGAUGUGUCUUUUGCUGGACAUGGGUAUAUUUUAAAAGGUGUGGUAAAUCGAAACUGAGCAUAACUUGCGAGAGAUGCUGAAAGUCUUUUUUGUAUGGUGCAAAAUGCACACACAGUUCUACACAAACACACUCAGAAACUAACACACAAAAGCACACAUAUACUGCGACACACAUUUCACAAAAAAGACACACACAUAUGGCAGAGAGUCUCAAUGCCUUCUCCUCCACUGUCUUCUCGUUCGACUUGUGUUCUUCUUGAAUUUGUACAGUCUGUAACCUCCGUAGAUUGGCAGCGCGACUGCUCCAACUACCACUAAUACUGCCACACCGCCCACAAACAGAACAGGGUACCCCGUUAAUCCUGCGAUCUUGGCUCCGAAAUAACCUCCUCGUAGAGCCCUUCGUUUUAUUGGUUCGCUCGGGAGGUAGUUGUACUUGCAUCCAAAGAUGCUCGUGUUCAUGUGGUGGUCCCCCAGACCUGGAAUAUCGAUGAAGCGGCCACCGCAUUUGUAGCAGAAGUGUGUUCUGCAGCGAUUGCAUGUCAUGUGGUCGCAGCCCGUCGAUCGCUGGAUGAACACACGACAGGUCGGGCAUUUUUGGCAGUUGGCCACUCCGUUUGGCCGCUCCUUGGUCCACGUUUGGAACAUUUUGUUGCCCCGUAUGAAGAUUUUGCAGGUCAUGUCACGGUGCCAGGGCGCGUGGCACUGGAAGCACCACUCUAUGCGGCAGUUUUCGCAGACGAUCUUCACCUCUUCCUCGCGAAACGGACGCUUACGGAAUCGUCCCCUCCGCGGUAGGUGGUGCUCCGUGAUGUGCGAACAGUGCGGGCACGUCUUUCGCUUGCCGUCGCUCUCGGCGUUGACUCUGAGUCUCUCGUAUCGCUCCUUCUCUUCUGCCGUGAGGUGACGAAGGACUUCAGGUCGACCAAUGGGGUCGCUGCACUCGGGGUUUGGGCACGGGAACUCGAUGAGUCCGUCGCUCAGCGCGUGGUGAUCGUCGUCGCUAGACACGUCGAGCAAACGAUCUCGUCGCAGCACCGCAGCUUCAGGAAAGCGUCGCCGGAAUCGUAGCAGACGAUGCAGGUACCGGCGCUCGUAGGAAACAGGCCACUGUUUUCGUCUCUUCCAGCGGCGCUGAUGCGUUGAAGGGACCCGUACAGGCUCGAUAUGUCGCUGUCGUCGCUGAGGUAGCGGCGGAACGCUCGCACUGGGAAGUUGAGCUCCGGGCGCUGAGGAGUUAUCUCUAGCUCUGGUUCUAGGAUCACGGGAGCGAUUCGCGGUAUAAAGAACUGGAUCGGUGGAGGUGGUGGGGGCUCGGGUAUCCUCUGAGAUACGGCCACGUCUUCUUCGACGUUUAGAAGGAUCGCGAGACCGUGCGACGAACUGCUUCUGCGUGAAGAGGCCGCGGAGACGGCAAAGCUCUCUCUAAACUCGCUGUCAGUCACAUUGCAGCCGGGCAGGUCGUCAAAGUAGGAAUCUUUACCCAGCGAGCCGCAACCGGAAUCUGUGUCUUGGAUCGCGGUUGGCUUAGUGGAGAACCCGUCGACGGGUAGAGGAGGCGCUGGAGGGAUGGCGUGAGAAGCGGUAAGAAGCUCGCAGCAGCCGUGGAACGGGUCGUCCUGCAGGCAACGCGUAGCUUCUUCAAAAGCUGGGAGGACGGAGAUUAUUUGCAGAGACAUGAUCAGCUGAUGACGGGAAAGAGAGGCAUGGU